AUGAGAUACUCUUUGGAGACCAUCUUCACCUUCGUGCUUCUGGGGAGCACGACUGCAUCUUCGGGACCGCUCCUACUCCCCCAAAUCACCUACCCUUCCAACGUUGGAUGCGGUGAAGUGAACGUCUUCUAUACGGGACUUCCUGCCUAUCAUCCAUACGUGAUUGCGCAGCACUAUGACCCUGUUGAUGUUGACAGGGAACUCCGGAACGACACCGCCGCACUUGUCAAGGCAGGAUUCAAUGUUUACGUUUUGUUCCAAGGCCCGGACCAGCCAAUCACAAAUAUCGCCGACCGAAUGAACGGCACCCACUGGGGUGUGACUGGCGUGGGGUUCGGCCAAAGGGGCGCGACUAUUUUGGACGUCGUCACUCGUUUUGAAGAUAAUCUUCAUCAGUUCCGCGAGAAUGCGCCCUUGACCCCGACGGUAUUCAACUGGGGUCCUACCACGCUGGCCGCCUCUGUGAUCCGACAUGUACCAUUGAAGGAAGACUGUCUCAACAAGCCUGGGAGACUGAUUGCUUAUGAGGAAGUAUGCCCUCCCGAGCUAUGUGAGAAGGUGACCGUCGUCACAUCUGGGAGCCUUGAAGAGCUUCUGAAGGGCAUCGAACACUAA